AUGACCUCACCGACCACGAAUUUUACGUUGCCUCCGACGCAAGAAGCAGUAAGCGAGAGAAGUGCUUCAAGUAGCGAAAAUGCUUCUAAAGAACGUCAAGUAUUUGCCAAUAUACCUAUACCUGAAAAUAAAGAUCAACCAAAAGGAAAAUAUGUUUCUAACAAGAUUAUUACUUCUAAAUAUAAUAUAUGGACUUUUAUACCAAAAAAUUUAUUUGAACAAUUCCGGAGAGCUGCUAAUAUGUAUUUCUUAAUAAUGGCUGUUCUUGGAAUGAUACCUGCUGUGAGUACAAAUAACCCUAUUUUGACUUUACUUCCUAUUUCGACUGUUGUAUUUCUCACCGCAUGUAAAGACGCCGUGGAAGAUUUAAAUCGGCAUGAAAUUGAUAAGAAUGAUGAUGAUAUUCCUCCUUGUGAACCUUCAAAUGAAAUAAAUGGUGAUCCUGAAUUUAAAAAAGUUAUGUGGAAAGAUGUUCGUGUUGGUGACUUUUUAUUUCUAAGGAAUGGUGAUGCUGUACCUGCUGAUGCUGUAAUUUUAUCAACUUCCGAACAAAAUGGUGGUUGUUUCAUAGAAACUAAAGAUCUUGAUGGUGAAACUAAUCUUAAACCUCGUAGAUGUGUUCCUGUUGAUUCAAUAAAAAAUAUCAAAACUCCUAAAGAAUGCACUCAAGCUAUGUUUUGGAUUGAUUCUGAACGUCCGAAUUCUAAUCUUUUCAACUAUAAUGCAAAAUUAACCGUAGUUUCCGGCAGUUUAGAUGAGAUGAAUUCUCCUCAAGAUCAAGAAAUUCCUAGAAAAUCGAAAUCUUCUAUUCCAAUUGAUAUAAAUAAUUUAUUAUUACGUGCUCAUGUUAUUAGAAAUACCGAAUGGGUUAUCGCUAUAACUGUUUUUACCGGUGUCGACACUAAAAUUAUACUUAACUCUGGUGAAACUCCAAGUAAGCGAAGUAGAAUCGAAAAAGAAAUGAAUCAGGAAGUCAUUUUAAAUUUUGUAAUUCUCAUUGUCCUUGCCUUAAUUUGUGCUAUUGGAACUGGUGUAUCAUCAGCCAUUUUGGCAGAUUCGAAGGGUGAUUACAUUGAAGAACGCGUAGCUUCUAAUCAAGGACAGUCAAUUGGGAUUGCAGCUUUCUUAACUUUUCUAUCUGGCCUGAUUAUUUUUCAAAAUAUAAUUCCAAUUUCUUUAUAUAUUUCGAUCGAAUUUGUAAAAGGUUUUCAGGCUUUUUUUAUUUACAAUGACCUUGAUAUGUGGGAUGAAGAUGCCGAGGACAUUGCUAUUAUUCUCAAUUCUGAUUGGUUAAUUAUUGUGUGGAAUCUUUCCGAUGAUCUUGGUCAGAUUGAAUAUAUAUUUUCAGAUAAAACUGGAACAUUAACACGUAAUAUAAUGGAAUUUCGUCAAUGUUCUAUUGGUGGUAAAGUAUACGGUAGAAAUGGUUGGGCUGGUAAAACGGAUGCUAAUAUUGGAAAAGAAUUAGCACAAGGUGGUGAUAAUUCGAAUGCUGAAGAAGUUAAUGUAGAUAUAAAUGAAAUUUGGAAUCAAUAUUUAUAUGAACUUAAAAGUAUAUUUGAUCCAAAAUAUUCAAGUACAGACCCUGCUUUUUUGACAUUCGUAGACCCGGAUAUAUAUAGAGAUUUAAAAGCUGAAAAAAACAUUGAAGGUGUAAAUGAAAAUGAUUUUAAUAUUGAUGAUAAUUUAGAUAAACAAAAAAGAGCUCGACUUGUUAGAGAAUUUUUCAUAUUAUUGGCUGUAUGUCACACGGUAGUUGUGGAUAAAAUUAGUACUAAUGAAUCUGACAGUGAAAAGAGUAUUAGCGAUAGAGGUAAAACAUCUGUAAAUGAUGAGAACUCAGAUCAAGCAAGCGAACAUUUACGUCCUACAGAAGAAGAAAAGGUUUCUUCAAAUAAUUCAUCUUCAGAUCUAAAAAAAAAAGUUAAGCACUCGAUUGCGAAUAUCAAAUCAACUUUUAAAGGGUUCGAAUCAAUGGCAAGUUUAGUAGCUCCUACAUCAAGUAAAGGAAAAAAACCCGUUGCAAUUGAUAAAACAUUAGUACAUGAUCUUGUAUAUAAAGCUGAAUCUCCAGACGAAGCAGCUUUAGUUUCUGCAGCAAAAAAUAUUGGAUUUGCUUUCUUGGGUCGAACACCUGAAUCAAUGACUAUUGAUAUUUUUGGUGAAGAACAUAAUUUUGAUAUAUUAAAUGUUUUAGAAUUUAAUUCUUCACGUAAAAGAAUGAGUAUAAUAGUUCGUCGUCCUGAAAAAUUAGGUGGUGGAAUAGUACUAUUUUGUAAGGGUGCUGAUAACAUUGUCUUUGAUCGUCUGGCCAAUGGUCAAGAAGGAUUAAUUGAAAAAACUUCAACUGAUAUUGAUAAUUUUUCUAGUGAUGGUCUUAGAACAUUGACUGUGGCAUAUCGAGUAUUAGAUGAAUCCUAUUAUAAUUCUUGGGCAAAAAAAUAUCAAGAAGCAUCGACUUCUAUUAAUGAACGUUCUUCCAAAGUUGAUGCUUGUGCCGAAGAGAUCGAAAAGGAGCUUAUACUCUUGGGUGCCACUGCAAUUGAAGAUAAACUUCAAGAGGGUGUUCCAGAGUGUAUAGAAAGACUUCGAGGGGCGGGAAUUAAAAUUUGGGUUUUGACAGGUGAUAAAUUAGAAACAGCUAUUAAUAUCGGAUUUGCAGCUCAAUUAUUGACAAAGGAUAUGAGACUUUGGAUUGUAAAAGGCUCAAAAAAAGAUGCUGUCCAAAAACAACUUAAUAAUGUUUAUGCAUCUUUGGUAACUGGUGGUAUUGUGCCACAUGAUGAAAUGGAACCCAUACAUCCUGAUGAUACUCAUGCUUUUAUAGUCGAUGGUUCUGCUUUAACUCAUCUAUUGGACGAUGAAAAAGCACGUCUGAAAAUACUUGAACUAAGUGAUCGGUUUCAUUCUGUAAUAUGUUGUCGUGUUAGUCCUUUACAAAAGGCCCUGGUGGUCGAAUUAAUACGAAGAGGAAAAAGAUCCACAACGUUAGCCAUAGGUGAUGGUGCAAAUGAUGUAAGCAUGAUUCAAGCUGCUAAUGUUGGCGUUGGCAUUUCAGGACAAGAAGGAGUGCAAGCAGCAAUGGCAGCUGAUUAUAAUAUUGCCCAAUUUCGAUAUCUAGAGAAACUUUUACUUGUACACGGUCAUUGGGACUACAUGCGCAUUGCAGAGAUGAUAUUAAAUUUCUUUUAUAAAAAUGUAAUAUGGGUAUUUCCGGUAUUAUGGUUCUCCGCCAAUAUUUUCUAUGAUUACAGUUUUGUGCAAUUAUAUAAUAUGUUUUUUACUGUCGCUCCUGUUGUAGUUUUAGGAACGACCGAUCAAUCCGUUACUGCUUCAUACUGCUUAAAAUAUCCAAGCAUUUAUAAUUUGGGAAUAAAAAGAAUGCGAUAUUCUAAAAAAUUAUUUGCAAUAUAUUUUCUUGAUGGAAUAUGGCAAUCAUUGGUUGUGUAUUUUACGUUUUAUUUUAUAUAUUCAUUAUCCACUAAUGUUACUAUGCCUCAAGGGUUUGAUGCUGGUACCACCGAGUUUUCAACUUCGGUAGCUUUAAGUGUAAUUGUUAUAGCAAACCUUGUCGUUGCUUUUAACACAUAUCACUGGAAUUGGAUAGUAUGGACAAUAAUAAUUAGUCAACAAUUAAUUAGUGAGGGUACAUUUUGGUUUGGUAUGGCAUUUUCAAUUUUAUUAGCUGUUUUACCAAGAUAUGUAAUAACCUUUGUCAAGCAAUGGUGGUAUCCGGAUGAUUUAGACAUCGUUAGACAAAUAAGGGAAAGCGACAAAAGAGCAAAGAAAAAAGCUAAAAAAUUUAGUAAAGAAGAAUUAAAAAAUCAAAAAAUAAUAUCACCAUCAAUACAAGUUGAAAUGGUUCAAUCAGAUAACGACAUCAUAAAUUCUGCACAACAAACAAAUUAUUAG